CCAUGCCGUGCCGGAGGGAGGAGGAGGACGAGGACGACGAGGCGGCGGCGGCUGGAGUGGAGGAGGAGGACGCCGAGGGGGAGGGGGAGGAAGAAGAGAGCUUUCUCCUGCUGCAGCAGUCGGUGACCGUCGGGGGCUCGGGGGACGUGGACCGGCUGGUGGCCCAGAUCGGGGAGGCGCUGCAGCUGGACGCGGCGCACGGGAGCCGGCCCGCCCCCCGGGGGCCCCUGGCGCUCAAGCAGCAGUCGCCGCCGCUGCCGCCGCCGCCGCCGCUGCAGCUGCGACCCCCGGUCCUGCAGCUGCUGCUGCCUCCGGGGCCGGCUUCGGCGGCCCUGCAGCCCUCGGGACCGCUGCAGUGCGCGGGGAGCGGAGCCCGCGUUGCUCUUUCCUGGGCGAGCGACGUGGGCGCCUCCUCGCAGCCUCCGCCGCGGGCGCCGUCGGGUCCCUGCGCCCCAGGGGGGGCCCCGGCCCAGAGCAGCGCCUGUGGCCCGCACGUCUGCAAGCGGGGCUUCCCGCAGCCGCUGCCGGGCCCGUGCCGGCGCUCCUGGCUUCGGGGCGCCGCCGCCUCCCGGCGCCUGCAGCAGCAGCAGCAGCACCAGCACCACCAGUACCGGAACCGAGGGCAGCCGGGGCUCCGGGCCGGAGAGGAUGACCCCCACCAGUUUCUGCAGCAGCUUGUCCUCUCGGGGAACCUCAUCAAAGAGGCCGUGCGACGACUUCAUUCCCGGCACCGCAGGCAGCACUUUCGGGCUAGGGACCCUUUGCCCCCAGUACCGGUCCCCCCUCUGCCUUUGCCCCUGCCUGUUCAGGAGGCCGAGGCAGAAGGGACUCUUGCUCUCUGCAGUCCUCGACGACCAGCCUGCUCUAACCCGGAGGGCCUUCGGAGCCAGCUAGUUUACAGACUUGGAGAUGGCAUCUUGGUCCCAAGCAGCUAGUGAAUUCAGCAGGUUCAGGGGCAAGAAGAAGAGGGGAGGCUGAGAACCGAAAGCCCCAGCUCCAGAGACUGACAUAAAUGAACUUGAAGUGGAGAACAGGGGCUCAAAGGCAAAGAGGAAAGAUGGGGGUACCUUUUUCGAGGUUAUGGGGUGGGGAAAGGUGGUGUAGAACAGAACUGUAGGCUGUGGAUCUGGGUAGUUUGUGAGGGAUUGCCUGGCAAACAAAGGCCUCAUCGGGCUGAAAAUUAGACCCCCUCAGUCUGAUUAGGAUGAAUAUAUCCUAUUUAUAGACAGACUACACUACUGACCCAAGAGCAUCAAUAUAAGAUACUCUUUAAUUUGUAAUUAGUGGUGCUGACUUGCACUGAGCCAUCCACAGCACAUUAGCCUGGUUGCCAUGUGACCAACAGCUCACCUUUUUAGACUCCUCAACUGGCCACCUCUCUGGGUGCCUUUGGAACACAGUUGUCGUUUUCUCCUCUGUGCAGUAUUAACUGGCCUUUUAAUAGGAGUUACACUUUCCAUCUUGGCCUCCUUAGCACAGAUCGUAUCCUACUGAGCUAACCAUUAGGUGUGAACUCAGAAUGGAGAAUUAUUCCAGUUACCUGCUUUGACUUGACCCAGUUUGUUUUCACUACUGGUAGUUUUCUUUGACUCAUUUUUUUUUUUUGUUUUUGUUUUUGCUUUUUGGG